AUGGUAAUACAUAUUAUAGAAUCCUCAGAAUAUAUUCUGUUACUUAGUAUACAGUCUUCAAUAUUACUGGCAAUUUUUCUAACCAUGUUAAAAGCAGAUAUCUUCAAUUCCUCCGAUCAAAAUACAAUUCUUACAAAUCUCAAUUCAUUAUCUUCAUCAGCUUUACCACCAAGCUAUCCGUCUGAAAAGCAUAAUAUUCUCGCCAAUCCUGCCCCUCCUCCUCCUCUUCCUACCACUACUACUACUACGAAUAUCAAUAAUAAUAAUAAUACUAAUAGUAGUGCGAAUGAAAAGGACACAGUCACUAAGUUGAAUAUCAACCAUGCAACAAGUAAUGCUUCCCCAACUUCACAAGUAAAACAAGGCGCUCUAAUAGCCUCCCAACCAAUCAAAAUCAAUUAUCGAGAGGAGAACAAAGAUCGCAGAGCUAAACAGUUAGAUUUAAAGCAUUUAACCUCUGAAAAAAUCCAAUCGAAAUUCCCUACGAACGCUGAAACGACAAACACAAAUGAACACUACUAUGCAAAAUCUCAGUCUACACAAAAUAGUCAACCGAGUAGUUUAUGCAUGUCACCAAGAUGUCCACCAGAUGGUGCUGCAGCGUUUCAUGAAAUUUCUCCGUCUAAUCUCCUCAAUAAAUCAAAGAAAUCUGUAAUAUAUGAAAAUUUAAUUGAUAGAUAUUUAUUGGUAGAGAAGAAUGAAUAUUUGAAAAAAGAGUUAAUGACACAACAAGCACUAGCUACCACUACCACAACUGUUACCACCAGUAUUACAACAAAUACUGUCACUAAUAAUAAUAAUAAUAAUACAAGUACAAUAAGUAAUCAUCCCUUGACUACUAAAAUUACUGAUCGUUCAACACAAAAAGUGUCAAAGCUUCAAGAAAAGUUAUCUGAAGUAUCUGAGAAAGCUUCUGAAGUCAUCCCACAUACUUCUUCUGGUGUAGCUAGCGAUAAAAACAAUGUGAUCUCCAAUUCCAUAAAUCACUUUCCAUCCCCUAAAAACCAAACCUCCUCCAGUAAACCCGUUUCAUCAUCCAAUGUAAGUAACUGGUUUCCACCACCCCCACCCCCACCACUUCAAGACUCCAUGAUUGUUCCUGAGAAUUUGGAUAGCAAAGCACCACAUUAUCAUGAACAUUGUCGUCCAGAUGAAGUCCACUCAUCACUAAUAAACACCGGGACUAAUAAACCUUUAAGUAAUACAACCAAUCUGGAAACAAUGAAAGUUGCUAUUCCUGAACUUAACCCUUUAACACAAAUUAAUACAUCAAUCCCAUCAAGCAACUUCAGGUUACCUCCAUCUCCACCAACACCGCCUUUACCUCCGCCGUCUACUCCACCUGGUCCACCAUCAGUUCCACCACGACAUCCAGCUACCACACUACAACAUAAAACAUCACAAAAUAACUCUUCAGAAGUCAUUUCUGAGCAAGUUCAAAAGCCUAUUACCAGUGAAAAUUUAAACAUUACGAAGUCAAAUGAUACUGUUAGUACGUCAUCAGUUUCUCCCAUAUUGCCUUUGUCUCAAACUGCUGGAAAAAUCAACAUUCCAAAUGCUCCAAAUCAGUUAGAUCAAACUGCAGAUUCAUCUGUCAUACAAGUUAAAGAUAAUAAGUCAGAUUCAUCUAAACUUCAUUCAAAAACUCAUUCUGUACCGUCAGAAAUAAAAGUACCAACCACCACAUUGUGCACAAAGAUUGAUGAAAACAACAGAAAUUUAAUAAAAUAUCCACCAGAUGGUAGAUCUGUUGUCCCAUGGGAUUUUAACCAAGAAGAUACACCACCAGUCACAUCAUCUUCAUCUACACCAAUGAAAUCUUGUCAAACAGAUGAAAUGAAAAUGACUGAAUCAUUGGCUAAAUCACAACCCUCAACGAUAAGUUCAUCUUUGUCAUUCCCUGAUAGAAAUGUGAUUUGGGCGAAUUCCCAGCUACCAAUCUCCUCCCAUCAUCCGUCAGAAAAGUUCAACUCUCAGAAUUUCGAUUCAAUAGAUUCUGUCAAAGGAACACAACAAUCAAAGAAAUCUACUGCCAUUAUUCAAGAACAAAAUGCUAAAGCGAUUAGACCAAAUUGUUUAUCACAAUUUAUGGUGACAAAGCCAGCAGGAAUUGGUCAUUCAUCAUCUAAACGUCUCUUAUCUCCUGAUGACUUAAAAAGUCAACAUCGUAUUCGAAAACACCUUAGUGUUGUUACCAAUGCUACAGAUUUAAAUCAUUCAGUGUUAUUAGAAAGUGAUAAAAAUGGGGAAUUUGUUCACCUUGCCUAUCCAAUAAAUGAUCCAACAGUUUUUAGUCAUCAUCAUCAUCAUAAUAAAGAACUCCUCAUCAAUAGUCAUUCAGAUAUGCAACAUUUAAAUCAUCCAGUAGCUGAUGCAUCUUGGUUAAAAGCCCAACAAAGAGCUGAAUUGAUGAAUACAAGUAAAUCACGAAAUGCAGUUCGCCGUUCAGGUCGUGAUUUUUCUCAGCGUCAAUUCAGUGCAGAACCUGUAUUUGUAAAUAAGGUAACAGGUGUUAUGCAUUUAUCCCCGUCAAUAACACACAAAGAGCAAACACAAUAUGUCACUUCUAGAAUCCCGUCUACUACUAACAUGCAUAAUAGUAAUAAUAAUAGCAAUAAUAUACUUCUAAUGACACAAUCAAGUUUGCCGUCUGGAUUUCCUGAACAACAACCAGAUUUUUUUAUACACUAUAGACAUAAAUCAGACAAUCCUAUUCAUACAAAUUCUCAUUUUAUCACUGGUGAUUCUACGCACCAACAAUACUGUCGUCAAAGGAAUCGUUCGCAUAACUCAGAUAAUUCAUGUAUGACAGAAUCAAUGGCGCCUAGUUAUGACGCCAGUAUGACACAGUCUGUAUUCUUCCCCUUAGACUCAGGAUGGGGUCCACCAGAAGUUAAGCAAAGUGAAUCAACCAGUGGAAAUCAUAAUAAAAAACAUCGUUCAAAUGUAAAUCGUUCACAUAGUCAUCGCAUCAUUCCUGAUUCACAUAUUGGUAUUGAAUGUAAUCAGUUAAGCUUAAAUUCAGAUCAAUCAAGAUGUUUUAUACCUUCAAAGUAUUAUUUUCAUCAGAAUUCAAGUCAAACAGUACCAGUUGUUAAUCCAGAGGGUAAUUCUAUUUGGCCACCUGUUCUUGUCCAGUGGCGUAGAAGACGACCUAAUGGUGCUGUUAGUUCAGAGAAUUUUACAGAUGUUUUAGAUUUUCAAAAUACUAAAAGAUAUAAUGAAAAUAUGCACAUUCCAGUUGAUCAUUAUGGACGUCAAAAAUCAGAAAUUUUACAACGUCAUCAUCAUCAUUAUAGCACAACAGCAAUAUCUGAACAACUUGAAAAUCAAUUAUGGUUUCAUCAUGAUCUGCCGCGAUCACAUGCUGAAAAAUUACUGAAAACAACUCCAACUGGUAGUUUUCUUGUAAGAAGAAGUGAAACAAGCAAAACAGAACUUUCAUUAUCGAUAAAACGUGAAAAUGAUGUCCUACACAUGAAAAUCUCUCAAGACCCUGAAACUGGAGCUUAUGUUCUUGGUGAAUAUAGUCAACCGUAUCCAAGUGUUUCAGCUAUGAUAUAUCGUUAUUCACGAAGUUUACUCCCGGUACGUGGUACCACUCCGGUGUUGUUGCGCUUCCCAGUUAGUCGUAUUGCAUUUUCACAUUAA